UUGGCUAUGUUUUACAGGUCUCUGCCUCACUGUGGGAUCUUCUGCCUGGCAACUUUGGUUUGGUGAGAAUACAGAUCCAGAGGCAUUUUGUGGAGAUUACAUUAAUCCAUUCUUCAGUUUGGAGAACUGGCUGGGGAAGGUCACACAGCUGUGCUGCAUGAUUCAGGAUAAAGCAAAAAUUCUGGUGGACAAGGCACUCCCAGGGAUAAUGAAGAGUCACCAGUGGUAACCCCCUCCCCAACCUCACCACUGCCACCUCACCCACCACCACCUCCUCUUUUCCCAUUUCAUCCCUCCCCCUCUGCACUUUCUUCCAAAACAUCCUUGUCUAUAAACUUUGAUGGAGAAUUAUACACAGGGCUGGAAAAAUGCCUGUUAUGAAAGGAUUACUGGCACCUCAGAACACCUUCUUAGAUACCAUAGCUACUAGAUUUGAUGGAACACACAGUAACUUCAUUCUUGCAAAUGCUCAGGUGGCUAAGGGAUUCCCCAUAGUUUACUGUUCAGAUGGCUUCUGCGAACUUGCUGGAUUUGCUCGAACAGAAGUCAUGCAGAAGAGUUGCAGCUGUAAGUUUUUAUUUGGUGCUGAAACAAAUGAACAGACAACACUUGAAAUUGAAAUGUCACUAGAGGAAAAGAGUGAAUUCAAGGGGGAAAUCAUGUUUUACAAGAAGAAUGGUACAUCAUUUUGGUGCCUAUUGGACAUUGUUCCUAUAAAGAAUGAAAAAGGAGAUGUGGUUCUUUUCUUGUCUUCAUUUAAGGAUAUUACGGACACUAAAGUGAAGAUUGCACAAGAAGAUAAAAAAGAGGAAAAAUACAAGGGGAGAGGAAAAGCAGGGUCACAUUUUGAAGCUGCACGGAGAAGGAGUCGGGCUGUCCUGUAUCACAUCUCUGGACACCUACAAAGGAGAGAAAAGAACAAAUUAAAGCUCAAUAACAAUGUUUUUGUAGAUAAAUCAGCAUUUCCAGAAUAUAAAGUUUCAGAUGCAAAAAAAUCUAAAUUCAUAAUUUUACAUUUUAGCACUUUUAAAGCAGCCUGGGACUGGCUCAUAUUAUUAGCAACGUUUUAUGUUGCUGUUACUGUACCUUACAAUGUUUCCUUUGUGGACAAUGAUGAUCUAUCAUCAACAAGAAGCACAACUGUCAGUGAUAUUUCAGUAGAAAUUCUUUUUAUUAUAGAUAUUAUUUUAAAUUUCCGAACAACCUAUGUCAGCAAGUCUGGCCAAGUUAUAUUUAAAGCAAGAUCUAUUUGUAUCCACUACGUAACAACCUGGUUCGUCAUUGAUUUAAUUGCUGCUCUUCCCUUUGAUCUACUUUAUGCAUUUAAUGUCACUGUGGUUUCUCUUGUUCAUCUUUUGAAAACCAUUCGGUUGUUACGUCUUUUACGUCUUCUUCAGAAGCUGGACCGCUAUUCUCAGCAUAGCUCAAUAGUCCUUACCUUACUUAUGUCUAUGUUUGCCCUGUUGGCUCAUUGGAUGGCUUGUAUCUGGUAUGUCAUUGGCAGAAUGGAGAUGGAAGAAAAUAAUCCUCUCACUUGGGAUAUAGGUUGGCUUCAUGAGCUGGGAAAAAGAUUGGAGUCGCCAUUUUAUAGCAAUAAUACGCAGGGUGGUCCGACUAUAAAAAGUACCUAUAUUGCUUCUCUAUAUUUUACACUCAGCAGCCUGACUAGUGUUGGAUUUGGAAAUGUUUCUGCCAACACUGAUGCUGAAAAGAUCUUCUCUAUUUGUAUAAUGCUAAUUGGAGCCUUGAUGCAUGCCCUGGUGUUUGGUAACGUUACAGCUAUAAUACAGAGAAUGUAUAACAGAUGGUCACUGUAUCACACAAGAACUAAAGAUCUAAAAGAUUUUAUACGGGUACAUCACCUGCCACAGCAAUUAAAGCAAAGAAUGCUUGAAUAUUUCCAGACCAAUUGGUCAGUCAAUAAUGGGAUUGAUUCUCAUGAGCUUUUGAAAGAUUUUCCAGAUGAGCUGCGCUCAGAUAUUACCAUGCACUUGAACAAGGAAAUUCUACAACUUUCCCUUUUCGAGAGCGCUAGUCGCGGAUGCCUCAGGUCUCUAUCUCUGCAUAUCAAAACCUCCUUUUGUGCUCCUGGAGAGUACCUACUACGGCAGGGAGAUGCAUUGCAGGCAAUUUAUUUGGUGUGCUCAGGUUCUAUGGAAGUUUUAAAAGACGGAAUGGUCCUAGCUAUUUUAGGUAAAGGAGACUUAAUUGGAGCAAAUUUAUCUAUUAAAGACCAAGUGAUCAAAACAAAUGCAGAUGUAAAAGCUCUCACCUACUGUGAUCUACAAUGCAUUAUCCUCAAAGGCCUUUAUGAAGUUUUGGACUUUUAUCCAGAAUAUGCACAUAAGUUUGUAGAUGAUAUACAGCAAGAUCUUACAUACAAUCUCCGAGAAGGCCAUGAGAGUGAUAGAAUGUCAAGACUCUCAUGCAAGUCUACUUUGUCACAGACAGAGUCCAGGGGAAACGGGAGUAUAAAUAAAAGACUCUCUUCAAUUGUUGAAGAUGAUGAUGAUGAUGGAGAGAAUGAUCCUUCAUCCCCUUCUCCGAUUCGUACUAAGAACACAACUGCGAAAUACAAGAAGUCUGGCAACACUAGCUCUCUUGGGAUUCAUUUGAAGCCAUUUUCAGGAACCGUUCCAUUUAAAUCACCUAUAAAAUCUUACAAUCCAAAUGCUACAAAGGCAAGGUCGGAAACCGAUUCAAACUUUAGCAGCAGGAAAUGGGAUAAGAAUCUAAUGCUUCACCUGCCAACUGUCACUAGUCUUGGACCUCCUGAUUUAAGUCCCAGAGUUGUUGACGGAAUUGAAGACAGCAAUAGGAAUGAUGAAGGUCAAGCAUUCGAUUUUGAAGCUUAUCAAAUGAGGCAAGAAGCACGGUUAAACCAAACUAUGAGAGACUAUAAUGACUUCAAUCCUGCAAUGCUGUUUAUUACUGCAGAAGAAACCAAACAACAUGUAGCCCAACUGAAUCAUGAGGUAUGUUCCUUAACCCAUGAAGUUUCCCAGUUGGGUAAAGAUAUGAAGACUGUUAUGAAUAUUUUGGAAAAUGUAUUAGCUGCGCAAAGGCCUGUGGGUUAUUAUUCAACAUAUGGAACGGUAUUGGAUGAUAUGGGAACUACAAUAGGUUCUCCAGUUGACCAAUUACAAAGUAGGAUGACAUGGACCACAAAUGAUCCUUGCAUGCAAAGACAUUCUGAAUCAAUGAUUGGUACUCCCACACAACUUUGCCAAGGCACUGUUGUCUCUGAUUUGUGGAAUAUGGAUCCAUCUUCUGUAGGAAGCAGUCCACAAAGAAAUGGAUCAGGUGUUCCAAAUUCAUUGGAAGGUGAAUAUUAUUAUACUUCAGGCCUUGAAUACUCUCCUUCCCAUUAUCAAGUUAUUCAGGCAGACCAUUUUCCCUUUUUAAAAUGUACAUCACAGCCUUCAGACACAACCUUGACUCCCCUGCAGUCAAUUUCUGCUACACUUUCUCCUUCUCUGUGUUCGUCAUCUGAGACUUCUUUGCAGCUUGUUUUACCUAGUAGAUCUGAGGAAGGCUUCAGUCAAGGAGCAAUCAGUUCACUAAGCCUUGAAAACUUACCAGGUUCUUGGGAAGUGGAGGGUACAACGGUAAUGUCUGGACCAUCUACUGAAGAUUUUCCCCUUGACAUUGUAACAAGUACAUUAGAUUUCAAAGACGACAAAGCCAUAAAUGUAUAAUGACACCUGAUUUUUAAAUACUAAUGUAUCAUUCAGCACAAAGGAGUCCUUUGAUAAUGUAUUUUACAUUCACAAGACUAAAAUUACACAUGCAAAUUGCUAUUAAAAAUAUCAAGGAAAAAUGUUUGACCAAGAAUAUAAUAUAGAAAACAGCUCACCGUUUCUCUAGAAGCAUGGUGGGUGUGUUUUUUGAUACUUAUGUAAGCUUUUGGUCUAUGUGCCAGACUUUUGUUAUGGACAGAAGGCCCUAAGGGUCAGAACAGCUGGGAGUCGUAUACAAAAGAACACAUGACCACAUUUGUCAAAGGGAGCUAUUAUGUCUCAAAAGCUAAAGCUCUUUCCUGAGUGCCUGAUUGUCAUUUGCAAACAAUGAUACUGUCAAUGUUUGCUCCAGGUGACCAUGACUCCUGCUGGUCUAUUUGUCAAUUCAGAGAAGACAUAGGACAAUAAUCGCUGCAUGUCAUCUCCUAGACAAUCAACCAAAUAGCGUUGGUAGACGGUGGUUAGUUCUUGCACGUUAUUUGUCAUUUUAAUGAAACCUCUUAAUUUAUUUAUCAAAAAAUGCUAUUUUUAUAUUCUUGGUAUGAAAUAUGUAUUUAAACUAUUUAAAAUAUUUAUAACUAAAUGUCUUUUUUUGGGUAAGAGCUUGCAGUUUUUGAAAGAAAUGCUCAAUUCAUAUGCAUAUUGAAUUAAACUAUUUAUUA